AGCGCGAGAGCAAAGCGGAAAGAAACGUUAGGAAUGUGAAGUUUACACGAACCGUCCUGUUCCUUCUCCUUCAUUACAGCAUCCCUCUGCUGGUUUACUCCACUCAGUGUUGUGUCUCCUCCACCAUGAGACAUUCCUGCUGCAUUCAUUACAGUGUCCUGUUCCUCCUGACAUUCACCACUGCAAAUACACUGGCCUCCAAUUCUGUAACAGCAAAACUACAUCAGUCUGCUACACUAUCAUGCAAUUACAAAUGUCCUGGUGUUGUCACAUGGACCAUGUUCCAUAAUCCAGGCAAUAUACUGGCACAGUGUAAUAAGACAAAGUGCUGGUCAGAGAAGGGAUAUGAAGUGUCUCAUGAUCAGUACCUGAAGGGACAGCUUUUUCUCACUAUCACUGCAGUAGACUACAGUAAUCGUGCCUUAUACACAUGUGUGUGUGAUGGUGUAGAUGCAUGUGAUGUGCGUCUCAUCAUUGAAACUUUGACAUCUUUAGUUCAGUUAAACCCUGGUGAGGCUCUAGUGAUGGUUUUGCCCAUACCAGAGCCAGUGGAGGUGAUGUAUAAAGCCAGAGAGUCAGCUGAUUUAUACGGUGCUCAGAUCUGUACAGUGACUCAACGCUCACUACACUGUCAACCUGAAUACACACACAGAGCAUCACUCAGUUACCCAAACAUUAUACUGAGAGACGUGAACAUGACUGAUAGUGGUACUUACUCCAUCCGGGACAGGAAGAACGAGGAAGUCAUUCAUAUAUACACACUCAUUGUGAACGUGGUCCAGCCAGAAUCAGUAAGGAAGUGUUACUUGGAGAUUGGAGUGACUGUGGGGCUGUUCAUGUUAGUGAUCAUAGUUACUGUUGGUGUGUUUGUGAUGAAGAAUCAGCAUAAAAAGUCUCAUAACCGGGAAAAAACAGACCCUGAGGAAACUAACGACUUGGGGAAAUCCGAGCUGACAAAGACAGAUAGCAAUGCUGUGCAUUGCCAGCCUUCUGAGUUUUGCCUCAGCUCCUCUGCGGCCUGAUCUGGUCUCCCGUACAGUCAAUGUGUCUUGGACGGCUUGGACUAUUCGCUGUCUGAACACUAGGGGGACGUACUGGCAGGCUUUGUCUGUCUUGUGCCAUGUGCUUUUGUUGAUGUUCUACUGUAUGUUCACAUGUCUGCCCAGCCCUAUCCUUAAUGCAGUCCCCCCUCUGCACACCUGUUCCUUGUAGCUCAAUGAUUGUCCUCCUUAUAUACACCGGUUGUCUUGGACUUGUGGUUUCUCGAGUCCUUUUGUUUUUGUGUGAUUUUGUUUGUUGUUGUAUCUCCUGGUUUCUGUUUUGUUUUCUGUUAUUUUAGUUGCCUUCUGUUUGUAGUUUGUUAUUGUUCUUAAGAAACACGCUUUUUGUGUUAUUUCUGCAUCUGGGUCUAGAUUUCACCCUGUUAAGAUACCUGUAUCUUUAAAGUCUGUUACCUAACGAUUUUUGGAGCACUAUUCUGGAGCUUUCUGAAUUUGUAGGUCCAUGGGACCUCUCUCCGCAUCUUCUCCUGUGAGGACGUCGCCAACCCUUUUUUCCUCUGUGCCCGGUGACAUUACUCUGAACCUGUACCUGUAGGCGACACAGCUUCACUUCCUGUUUUCCCAUGGAGGAUACCACCACCCACAGAAAUGGCCACAGGCUGCACAUUCCAGAAAACAGCACGAUCUAACUGCUCUGGUAUGUUUUCUGAUUAUUGUUGCUGUGAACUGGUGGUAUUCAUGUGCCAUAAACACUUUAAUCAUAUAUCUCAGUAUUAAUUGUGAAAAGCCUGAUUAAGAGUUAAUACACACCAAGUCAUAAAGUUCCUUUAUAUUUCACUUCACUCAUUACCUUGUGCAGUUAUUCAGCUGAUGGUGUUUCCAGAUAAAAAAGUGAAGCCAUUUAAUCAGCCUGAGUUUAAUUCACUUUAAUGUGUAGCUAUAUAUCCAGUCAAACUGUAACAUGUACACAAUGUGAAAAAGCAUGACUUAUUGUAGAAUUGUGAGGAAUAUACUAUUCAAUUUUGUAAAGCCAUAAUCUGAUAGUAAAAUAUAAAAUUGUAUAAAUGUCUUUUCUGUAACUGGCUUGGUUUUCCCAGCUUAACUAAAAAUACUCUGCUUCCCUGCAUAUCUUACAUUAAAGCUAACCACGUGCCAUGGGUGGUGGCACUGCACUGUUUUUUUUUUUUUUUUUUUUUUUUUAUCUCUAAACUCCAAGCCAUUUAAACUGUAAUGUAUACCACUGAGCUAAAUUCUCAUAUCUUCUAUGACUCAGAACUGCUCCAGCACAGCCAAAUACUAAUGAUUAACUGUGUUAUUAUAAAGUAUGUGUUGAAGACUUUUUGGAAACUUCAUCAGCUGCAUCUCCUUCUUACUCUGCUCCUCCCUUGAGUGUUUCUCCUUCUGCACACCUGAAACCACACUCAUACUCAAUGAUGCCAGUAAAGCUCAGUAUCUCUGUCCUACCCCUGGUUAAGCAUGCAAUGACCUUGUACCUUUCAACAGAUGGUCCACUUUCUCUGCAGCUCCUUCAGAAACAUCACCUACAGAGCCUUCCUCUUCUUCCGAGGAAGACUCCCAAAGUACCUGAUAACAGGAAUAAACGGGACUGAUAUUCACACUGGAGUGUAGCAGCAGAUAUCUGCUUUCAUUGACUUUAUUUUUAUAUAUAUUUGUGUCUAUUUUUACUAUGCGUUGCUGACAGUACCUGCUUUUUUAAGUUUUAAAUGUUUUACACACUGAGAGUGCACUAAACCUUUCUGAGUUACUGGGGUCUGCAUGCUAAGACGGUCUCCUUCACCUUUAACUGAAUCUCAUGAUAGAGUUUUUAUUUUUAUAUAUAUGUGUGUGUGUGUAUAUGCGUGUGUGUGUGUGUGUGUGUGUGUGUGUGUGUAUAUAUAUAUAUAUAUAUAUAUGUAUAUGUAUGCAGAUCAUCGGAAAAUAGUUCCUUUAUUCUUCACCCAUCAUUAACUUGUGAGUUAUUCAGCUGAUAUUCAAGUGUUUACUGAUAAAAGGUGAAGACAUUUAAACAGCCUGAGACCUGCACAGUUUUAUUCACUUUAUUUAAUGUGUAGUUAUGUGUCCAGUCACACUGUGUGUAACAACACAACUUUUAAAAGUUUCCAAGCAUGACGUAUUGUGUGAUUACAGAAUGUAUGAGGAUAAUGUUCAGUUUUGUACACUUCAGGAUUGGAGAGAGUUACAGUACAAGCCAUAAAAAACAUAAGCAAUUCAGGCUGUAAUAUGAUAGUGACUAAAUAUCUGACAAAAUAUCUGCAAUGCAGCUGCAUCAUCAUCAUCAAAAUAGAGAUGUACACACAACAUUAACAAAUUUCUCUACAUGCUUGAAAAGAGAUGAAUAGAAAAGCGCACAUGUGCGCGCACACACACACACAUAUAUUCUCCCUUACCUCAAGUUGUUGUAUACUGUCUUCUGUGUUUCUGUUUUUUUGUUUUCUUAUUGCCUAAUACCUAUGUACAUAUAAUUGAUGUACCCUUUGAAAGAAUACAAUUAAUAAAAGAAAAUCUACUGUGUCUAUACUGUUCUGAAUC